GAGAAACUUAAGGUCCCAUUUGGUUCUUAUAUAAUAUUACGAGUUUUCUCUCUGGUUCAAGAAUCGAGACAACGCCGCUACCGCUGCUUCUUGACGCCGGCAAGGCUAGAGGCCGCCGGCGUCGGGAAAUCUGCUACAUCUUCCUCAUGGUUUCUCUCGCUCCAAGUCAAAGCUCUCGUCUUGUUUCUUGCUUCGCACUUACUCAAUCAGUUUCUCUAGAUCUGGGGCCGUCGAAACUGGAGCAAACCUUCGUGGUCUCUGCUCAGGUUUUCAAGACCACCGGAACUGCAUCCUUCACCGGGGUCUCCCGAAAAAGCUGUACAAGGUCCACCUUUCACCUCCUUCCCUACUCUGAGUUCGCCCUUCACAUGUGCUUCAGAUCUGAGAGGCCCUCCGUGGGAUGUUCCGGAUCUGAGCUACGCUCGGAUAAAGAUCAAAACUCAGCCAUAAAGAACACUUCAGGCCACCGCAGUGCAUCAUCUUUGAGUUAUAAACAGGGUUCCGUUUCUCUUCUCGGCGGCUGCUCAACCCCCAACAUUCCAAAUAUCAUAGCAUUCUCUCCUCCAUCUUGCGCCACCGUCCUUCAUCCCGACAACGAAGUGCUCCUUAGCUUUGCCACACACACCCUUGUCUACAAGCUCAGACCCGAUGUUCUCCGUUCCAGCUCCGCCUCCCACCCUCCAGCCAGGCUGGUUGUUAAUGGGCCGAAUUUCAAUUGUUUGUGGGCCUGGCCCAGUACCACUAAAGAAGGAAGCGGCCCUUUGCUUAGUCAGUCAAUACCCACUGCAUACGAGAGUCAACUAACCACGGCGGUCUGUACGGGGCCAGAAGGUGCAAUCGAGACUACUUCGGUUUCUCUCGUUGGUGAGGGUUGGCUUUCAACGUCACAACAUAAGGUGACUAAAUCUCAGCUGUCGGACCGUGUCUUACAUGCUUCCUCGACGCAUUCAAGCUUUGUCUUGAAUUCGCUGUCAUCUUCUGAUGAAGAAUUAUCAUGUUUAAUUAAUCUUAAUUGCUGUUGUAGCUUAUGUUUAUUUUUCAAGAGGAUGUUUAAUUCCCUCUUGUUAUUGUAGUUCUUCGAGUUGAUUUAAUGAAAAAAAAAGUUUGUGUUCAAAAAAAAAAAGCAAUCAUUUUCUACCCAAGAGAAGAGAGAUACAUCUUUCUUCCAUGUUUGAAUAGGCAGAGAUAACACAAAGAAUGGUGAUAACAACACUCGGUUACACUAUGAUUCACAGCGAUUGUUCUUUAAAUCCUCAAGAAUCUGUUACCUAUAAAUUUAUAAGAAAACAGCUCACCUUUUUAAAAUAAAAUAAAAAUAAGUUCGAUAGAGAUCAUCAAAUUCAUAAUGGAAGUGAACUUGUCCAAGGAAGAAUAUAAGAAACUUGAACGAACAAAACAUCUUUCCUCAUCAACGAAACCAAUAUGUGCAAGAAACGGAGCAAAG